GAAGAGGGGCCCGGGAGACUCCUCCAGAUUUUGCCCUUUCACUUCUGCGCCGGUGUUUUAGGAGCGAGAAGACCGAGAAGCCUCGGACCUCAGCCUCCGUUCCUCUCGUCAACUAUUUAGGAUCUCCGGCCAUUCCCGCCACCUGUAGCCGGAACUUCGAGGCUCCCCGGACGGGAACUAGGCGGGAUCGAGGUUAGCAGGGUGCCCACAAUGUUUUGGCAGGGGACCUACUCACUGCUGCUCCUGGCACUGCUGGCACUGCUUGGACCAGCCCUGCUGCCUGUUUCAGGGCAGAAGACCAUGUACCAGCGGUUCCUGCGCCAGCAUGUGGACCCAGAGGGUGAAAAUGGCGGCGACGCCACAGCCUACUGCAACCGCAUGAUGCAGGCGAGGAAGAUGACCGCUCAGCGCUGCAAGGCCUUCAACACCUUCAUCCACGAGCCCAUCUACAAAAUCAACAGCAUCUGUAGCACAGACAGCAUCUCAUGCAAGAACGGCCGCAUGAAUUGCCACGAGGGUGUCGUCCGGGUCACCGACUGCAGAGAGAAGGGGGGCUCCAGGCCAGGCAACUGUAGGUAUCGGGCCCAGGUCAGCACCCGCCGUGUGGUCAUUGCCUGUGAGGGGGACCCUCAAGUGCCCGUGCACUUUGACCGCUGACCGGCCCAGCCCAGGCCUGGAGCUAUGGGGGCAGUGCUCACACUGAUUUUUUUGUUCCUGCUUCCUUCCCUGAGAGGGAGACCAAUGAGGUCUGCUGUCCCCAUCCCCUCACCCCUGCCCAUACCACCCAGCCCUUCACGGCCACUCCUGGCCCCUGCUUCUCCAGAUUUCAGGGUCACCAUUGUCUCCUAGUAGAGAUGGGUCCCGCCGGAUGGCAGACUAAGGAUUUUAAACCUAACUGUCCAUCGGUUUUUCUCCCCAGUCCCGUACCCCGAGCCUCACCAGAGCCCACCCCAGGGGCGAAAUUUCCAGCCUCCAGAGUCAGCACUGGGCCAGGCUUGGGAAGCUCGUGGCCUGGAUGUUGACCCCACGGGAAGCUGGACUGUGGAGCACUGCCCAGUACUCACCAGGGGUAUAUGCCACUGACCUGUCCUCUUUCCUGCAAUAAAAGUCAUGGAUCCCACAA